CGGAUAAUAUAACAUAUCUCCGUUCCGUUUCUCUCUAGUCACACUCUCUGUGUGCCUCUACUGUUCAUAGUCGACAACGAGACCGCUGCUCUUCUCUCUCUCUCUCUCUCAUUCUCUACAGCGCAUCUACAUCUAACACACAAACACUCAUUUCCCUUACUAAUUCGCACUCUUGUGUAUAUCUAUCUAUAUAUGGACCGUAUGCGAACCGACAGCCCAACCUACGCGCGCCAAUGGAGCAGCGAAUCUAGCAACCCAGGCACUGGUCCCUCAUCUCCGGCAGCAAUGUCGCCUGGGCGUCACCACCACGCUCGCUCCUCUUCUGUCUCCGGAAUAUCUUCCAUCAAAAGAAACCAGAAUUUCGCUGCUAAAGCAGCCGCUCAACGCCUCGCUCAGGUAAUGGCGUCUCAAACAGCAGAUGAUGAUGAAGAAGAUGAUCUAGGGUUUCGAUAUAGUGCACCUCCUCCUUUCUCUCUUUCAAGGAACAAUAAUCCUACUAAACCUGCUGCAGUUCCAUCUUCUACUAGAAUCAAUAAUAGAUCUUCUUCGCCUUCUUUGGCGAGGAACUUAGUAGACGAAAGUCCAUCAUCAGUUAGAUCAACAUCAACUGGACGAUCAUCAAUGUCUCUUAAAACAGCACCGCCACCGAUGCCGCCGCCUCCUAGUAAAGGAUCUCUUAGGACCGCGGUCUCUUUACCGCCGUUAGAGCCUCCUAAAAAUGGGCAAAAGGACGGCAAAAGAUUUUUGACGGAUGUUGGACUUCUAAAUUCCAAAGAUACUGGAGAUCAGCGUGAGGCUUCUGCACUUCGCGAUGAGCUUGAUAUGCUACAAGAAGAGAAUGAGAACAUGCUUCAGAAGCUCAGGCUUGAGGAAGAUAGAUGUAAGGAAGCAGAGACCAGAGUUAGAGAACUUGAAAAACAGGUUGCUGCUCUUGGGGAAGGAGUAUCUUUGGAAGCUAAAUUGCUGAGCAGAAAGGAAGCAUCACUGCGUCAAAGAGAGGCUGCCCUUAAGGAUGCAAAACAAAGGAAUGUGAUCGAUAAAGAAAUUUCAUCAAUUCGUUCUGAAGUGGAGAAUGCAAAAGAGGAGGCUACAGCUGCUGUGAGACAGCUUCAUGGAGCUGAAUCUGAACUCAAAGCUCUUCAGUUAAUGACACAGAGAAUGAUAUUGACUCAGAAAGAAAUGGAAGAAGUUGUUCUUAAGAGGUGUUGGCUUGCUCGCUAUUGGGGCUUAGCUGCAAGAUAUGGUAUCUGUCCUGAUGUUGCUUUGUCAAAGCAUGAGUACUGGUCAUCCUUAGCGCCUCUUCCCUUUGAGGUGGUUGUUUCUGCUGGACAGAAAGCCAAAGAGGAAUGUUGGGAAAAAGGUGAUGACAGCAAUGAAAAGAAAAGUAAAAUUGUGCAGGACCUGAGUGAUCUAACCGGUGAAGGAAACAUUGAGAGCAUGCUUUCAGUUGAAAUGGGCUUAAAGGAGCUUGCUUCCUUGAAGGUCGAGGAUGCUAUUGUACUUGCAUUAGCUCAACAAAGGCGUGCAAAUUCUGCUAGAGUAUCCAUCUCAGAUAUCAAAUCACCAGGUGAUCCAAAAUACAUGGAGGCAGUUGAAUUGAGUCCUGAGGAGUCUGAAGAUGUUCUUUUCAAGGAGGCUUGGCUUACAUAUUUUUGGAGCAGAGCCAAAGCUAAUGGUAUAGAGGAGGCCAUUGCUAAAGAACGACUGCAGUUUUGGAUUAACCGCCGGGGGCACUCGCCGAGUUCCCAUGAUGCUGUUGAUGUCGAGCAAGGUUUGAUGGAGCUGAGGAAGCUAGGGAUAGAACAUCGGCUAUGGGAAGCAUGUCGCAAAGAAACCGAGCAAGACUCUUCCACUAACAUCACACAAAAAUCUGCUGCAUAAUAAGGGCUCUGGCCUGAGAUGUCUAUAUUUGCUUAGUACAAAUUUUUUCUUCUGGUUGGAAGAUAUGAGAAUCUAUACUUAAAAUUCUUUGUGAUGUAUGGCCUCUGGUUUUGUAGUCCAGAACAGUAACACGAUACCAAAACCAAACCAAGGAGUAGGUGCCCUCCCUUCCCUGUGAGGGAAAAAUGUAGAUGUCAAUUUUAACUGACAGUUGAAAUUGCAUGUUUUAGAUUAAAGAUUCAUACAAUUCUGAUUUCAUGGAUGUACAAGCAAUAGCUAUUGACUUGUUCUUUUGUUCCU